UUACAACCACACAAUGGGUGGAGUGGACAGGGCAGACCAGAUGCUGUCUAGCUACUCAGUGCCACGGAAGCGAAAGAAGAUCUCGUACAAGAAGAUCUUCCAGCACUUGUUGGAUGAAGCGACAUACAAUUCAUUUGUCCUCUAUCAGAAAGAAGGAGGCCGAGCAUCCCACAUGGAUUACCGGCUGCAACUUGUUGACGAGAUCAUCACCAAGUAUUCAGGGAAUGGCAGUGCCAAGAAAGGGCGGCCAGGAUGUCCUCUGAACAUGAAGCGGCUUACUGAGCACCACUUCCCGUCGCACAUCCCGCCGACAGAGAAGAAGCGAGAAGUGACACGCCGCUGCAUCGUCUGCUACAUGAAGAGAGACAGCAAGGGCAAGAACGUCCACAAGGAAACUAGGAUCUGGUGUAGGUGGUGCGAGAAGGCCUUGUGCGCAGUGCCGUGUUUUGAGCGCUACCACACCGUUGGUAGUCUCCAAUAGUUGGGAGGGGAUCAACGGAGGAAGUGUGCAUUUUGUGUAUUGGUAUACAUAACCAACCCUUUCUUUCCGGAGGUCAAGCAACCCUUUCUUUCCGGAGGUCAAGCAAUGGACAAUACAUAACGGCCAAUAAACAUUAUUAUCUGCUGAAAAACGUUUGCAAAGGUGUUUUCGUCUUUUAGACAUGUUAUUGAAGCAUUUCACGCCAUAAAAAAAUUGAGCCAUUUUGGUGCAUUUUCUUUUUUUUUAUUGAGCCCUUAAAGGGUUAACCGG